AUGGCUUCUACAGAUCUAGAGCAACUCCUUGAAAUGGGAUUUGAGAAAGAACGUGCUGAACUUGCGGUGAAGCAUACAGGCGGCUUACAAGGAGCGCUUGAAUGGCUCGAGACGAACCAGGACAAGUCAAUCGAGGAUAUCAAAGCUGCUGCGACGGAGGACUCCGGCCCUGCUCUCAACCCUGGUGAAACUGCCAGAAGUUUGGUCUGCAACGAAUGUGGCAAAAAGUUCCGUUCAACUGCACAGGCAGAAUUCCACGCCUCAAAGACCGAGCACCAAGACUUCUCAGAAUCAACAGACGAAAUUGCCCCGUUGACAGAAGAAGAGAAGGCAGCUAAGCUGGCCCUACUCAGGGAGAAGCUCAAGGAGAAGCGAGAAGGUAUGUCGGAGCAAGACAAGAUUGACAAGAAACGAAAUGAGGAAAUUCGGAGGAAGAGCACCAAGGAGACUCAGGAUAUCAAGGAAGAUCUGGCGAAGAAAGAGCAGAUUAAAGAAGCAGCAAAGAAACGACAAGAAAAAUUGGCAGACGUCGAGGCCAAGAAGAGAAUUCAAGCGAAGAUUGCAGCGGACAAGGAGGAGCGGCGCCUCAGGACCGAGCGUGAAAAGGCGGAGAGAGAAGGACGAGCAGCGCCACCACAGCCCGUGCCUGCUGCUGGUCCUACGUCCUCUGGCCCGGCGACAUCGAAACCUGCAUCUGCAUACACUGAAACACGACUGCGUCUUCAAACCCCGAACGGGAACAUCAUGAAGGCGUUUCCGGUGGAAACCACCCUCUUCGAGGUGGCUGCAGAGUUGAGUAAAGAGAGCGGAAUGGAAGUGGAGAGUUUCACUCAAACGUUUCCAAGGAAAGUGUACAACAACGAAUUCUUUGGCGAAACAUUGAAGGAGUUGAAGCUGGUCCCCAGCGCAAGUCUCAUAGUGAAUGUCGGGGACCAACACAAGUCCAGCAAUGGCCCAUCUGCCAAUCCCUUCGAGGAAGAACCACCUCGAAUGAGCGAAUACACUGCACAGGAGAUUGCAAUAUUACAGAGUCGGCUGAACAAGCAGCUUGGGCCGGAAUACAUCUCAUCUCGACCCGGGGCAGCUGGACAGAAGGUACACUAUCUAGCGGCUGAGAAAGUCAUCAACCUUGCCAAUGAAGUUUUCGGGUUCAAUGGCUGGAGCAGCGCGAUUAAGGUCAUCACAAUUGAUUUCAUUGAUGAAAAUCCACACAAUGGAAAGAUAUCGUUAGGGUUAUCAGUUACCGUUCGGGUUACGUUGAGAGAUGGGACAUAUCAUGAGGAUAUUGGCUAUGGGCAUAUCGAGAAUUGUAAAGGAAAAGCGGCAGCAUUCGAAAAGGCUAAGAAAGAGGGCACGACCGAUGGAUUGAAGCGUGCACUAAGAACAUUUGGCAAUGUUCUGGGAAAUUGCAUCUACGACAAGGAUUUCCUGGGAAGAGUCACCAAGAUCAAAACCGCUCCAUCGAGAUGGGAUGCGGAUAACCUACACCGUCAUCCAGACUUUGCUCCAGUGAAAAAGGAGCAGACAGGGGAGGAUAACAGUACCACAACAGUUGUCGCAACCGGGGUGGCGUCACACACUGAAGGGGAAGAUGAAUUUGGAGCAGAUUUUUCUGAUACAGAUUUCAGCGAAAACCAUAAUAGCCAUCCAGACGAGGUGAUCCUACCAGUAGAGCCACAAAUUCCACAGGCUCCAGCCAGGGCAGCUGCACAGAAUCUGAAGCUCCACCCAGAACAGACGCGGCCAUCUGCUCCUCAAAUAAAUGGCGGUGUGAACACCCCUCCAAGAAGACCCCAAUCGAGGAUAUCGGCACCAUCACUUGACCAUCGCGUACAGCAACCUCCCGUGCAGCGCAACCCUUCUCAUGACCAUCGACCACUUCCAGCUCAGCAAGCCGCAAGUAUCAAAGUAGACUCGGGGGCAAACGUCCCAACUGCUCCACGAACGAGCAGUGGCAACCAAUCGUCCUCCCCAGGUCAUGUAUCGCAGCAUUUUGGUGCACCUCAGGCCGCUACUGGCCAAGUCCAACAGCACAAUGCUCAACCAUCUAACCAGCAGCAAACCCCUCCAGUUGGCUUCUACUCGGCGCGAGCAGCCUCAGUCCUUAAUGGAGCUCCAGAGGGCCCUGCAGCACCCAUUUCGCAAUUCAAUCCGCAUUCCGAAAGUCCUUCGAUAAGGAAGACAGUCGGAGUGGAUCAUUCUCGAUCCGUGCCCGUCAAAAGAGCAGCAAUGGUCGUGACCGAACAACCACCUGCACCAUUGCCAGGGCUCCGUGAAAACAUGCCUGCGCCAGGUGUAGUGGCAAGAGACUUCGUCAACCCAAGUUCUGACAUGUAUAGAAGGAUAGGAGUGCCAGGUGGCGGAGUGCCUAGCCCUAUUGCCAAAGGAGGCAUGAAUGGCUCAGCAUAUCGACCACCCACCAGAAGAGCACCAUUGGAGACGGGUAUAGGUAUGGGAGCUGCCGGUGCACAGACACAGGGUCAAGGGCAAGCAGGACUGGCGGGCAUCAAGAGACCGCCGCUAGGCGAUGUUUCGAACAUGCACCCGUCGAAUGCUGGAGUCAAUAGUGGCGGCGAGGACGCAAAACGACAGAAAACUACAGGGCCCGAAAACAUAGGACCACCACAGCAGAAUCUACCAGGUGUUAGAUAA